CACACACACACACACACACACACACACACACACACACACACACACACACACAUUUAGACAUCAUUUUAGUACAUUUAGUACAUUUUAGUCUGCAUACUCACAGUAGAAGAGGAAUUUCUCCACUUCAUCCAAUGAAUUUUCAACAGACUACACAUUGCAAGACAUGCUGCAGCCCCCCAACAGUCAGUACUACCAUUUUAUUUUGAAGGUGUAUCAUGAACACACACUUGAACUGAACACCAGUCAGCAGUCAGGUGUUGCCAAAUUUUCAGAUAUACCAGAGUCACACACAUGAAUAAAUGUGGUUUGCAUUUAUUUGUAUACAGAUCAAUUCAAAUACACAUCACAGGAUUAGGAACACAGGAUGUCAGCAACUUAGGUCGUUUUGUAAACUAAAGUCUAGCCAUCAUAAACACAUGUUUUGCGUUUAAGCUCAUUUUUGAUAAAGAGGUUUUAAACUUGCUGUGUGAUACACUAUAAUGUGGAAUUAAACUAAAAACUUUCCAUAGAUUAUGGAGUGGAGUUGGAAAUUCAUUUUUAUUUGGGGGUCUGUCCUUCUCAGUUUGAGGAUUACUCACCAGGCAGCUAAUGUGGCUCUGGGUGGAGUGGCUGUUCAGUCUUCAUUGUUGGACCCCUGGCAUCCAGCAAACGUGGCAAUUGAUGGCAGAGAUGAUUCACACUGGGCGUCUAUGAGCUGCGCUCACAGUCAGACGGAGGACAACCCCUGGUGGAGAUUGGACAUGCGGGGUCCGUACAACAUCUCAUUCAUUGAAAUCAUCCGAAGAACAGAUUGCUGCUUUAAGCGGCUUAAUGGGGCUGAAAUCCGCAUUGGUAACUCAGUGGAGAACAAUGGCAACAACAAUCCCAGAUGUGCUGUCAUAACUGAGACCAAUGUCAUUCCCAUGGCCUUCAGCUGCAGUGGGAUGGAAGGACGUUAUGUCAACAUUUUCAUCCCUGGAGUACAAAAGACACUUCAGCUUUGUGAGAUCAAAGUGUACGCCACUACUGACAUUACAGGAGCUAACGUGGCACUGAGAGGAGUCGCCACUCAGUCUGCAGAACCGGCUUCUGCAGCAACUGCUCCACAUAUGGCCAAUGAUGACUAUCCACUAGAAACCUGUGCCUCAGUCCCACUGCAAGACAACCCCUGGUGGCAACUGGACCUGAGGAGUAUCUACCGCAUAACUGCUGUGUCUAUCAUCAGCAUCGGUGACUGCUGCUCAGAGGAGCUGAACCGUGCUGAGGUCCGCAUCGGCCUCAGGAAUGACAACAGCAACCAGAGGUGUGCCAUCAUCUCCAUUGCAGCGGGACAGCGCAUAUACAACUACCAGUGUGGAAUAAUGGAAGGUCGCUUCGUCCAUGUUGUUCUUCCUGGACUACAUAAGAAAUUGACUGUUUGUGAAGUAAAGGUGUAUGGUGCUGUGCUUGAAAAUGUGGCUUUGAGAGGAGUGGCUUUUCAGUCUUCCCUAAGGUCGAAAACCACAGGUCAAGCCAGCAGAGUUAUUGAUGGUCAGUUUUCCACCUGCAGCAUAACUGAAGACAAACCCGGUCAGUGGGUGACAGUGGAUCUAUUGGUUCCCUACAAUGUGACUGUGAUCCAGCUUGCCUUCAGUGAGAACUGCUGCUAUGGUGAUGAGGUCCGAGUGGAUGACACAAGAUGUACGAUCAGCUCCAGUGCACAAUCUCUGAUGACCCUGGAUUGUGGUGGGAUUGUGGGUCGCUAUGUGACUGUGAUCCAUCCCGACAUACCACCGCCUCUGUGUGAGGUGGAGGUCUACAGCACUUGGGAGAAUCCUCAGAACAUAGUCCCUCAGUGGCCCCCACCCAAUGAUUACUGCUCCUUAGCUUCCUGCAGCCGUGACUACAUUCUCAUUCACAAUGAACCUAAAACAUGGUUUGAAGCCCAGACCUACUGUAGAGAGAGGUACACUGACCUGGCCACCAUCAACAACAAUCACGACAUGAACAGGGUCGUUGACAAAAUGGAGAAUGACUUCUCUGACUUUUGGAUUGGGCUGUAUCAAGAUGUCAUAAACUGGCGGUGGUCUCUGUCAGAUGAGGGUUACUAUGGAGACGGUGAAGCGGAGUUCAGGAACUGGGGUGUUAGUGAACCCAACAACGAGAAUACCAUCCAGCACUGUGCUAACAUACAACACAUGGGUGAAUGGGGAGACCUGGACUGUGACUUACUUAACUACUUCUUAUGCUUUGAUGGCAGAGAUGGCGCACCAGAAACAAAGAUUCUCGUGGAAACACCAAUGAACUGGGCCGACGCUCAGCGCUACUGCAGGGAGCACCACACAGACCUGCUCAGUGUGAGGAACCAGGCUGAGAACCAGGACAUCCAGAGCAUGGUCCCGAUAGGAAAGCUGGCCUGGAUUGGCCUGUUCAGAGACUCUUGGAAGUGGUCCGAUGGGAGUAACUCCUUGUUCAGACACCAGUGGCAAGGGUCACUGGACAGCUUAGGAGAGGGUCUGAACUGUGCUUAUGUUUACAACAGGAAAUGGAACGUAAGAUCCUGCGACACCAAAUCUAUGUUUCUUUGCUACUACUUCAAGAAGAGAUCUGUAGUGACAAUCAAGACUGACUUUGACAUGAAUGACCUGGCCAUCCAACAACAAAUCUUGAGCCAGCUGGAGAAAGAGAUGAAAAACAAGGGAAUCAGUGAUUUCAAGAUCUCCUGGAGGAUGUCAGGACUAGUUUCAGUCAAGCAAGAGAUUAAAGACAACAACAAGUAAGACUGAAUGUGUGUGCCACCUGAGGGAGGUGAAACAUGAGUCCUGUUUCUCUGACUGGACUGAAGCUGAACAAUGUAGACAAGUGGACUGUGUGUACUGGAGGGAAUAACCAAGAAAAGUAGCAGUACUUUGAACCUCUUCUUUUUAAUCAAUGUAAUUAGAUGCAAAGUUUUAUUUAAGUUGCUUUGGCCAUGUAGCGAUUACAUUUCACUUCUUAGCCAAGCCACUAUAAUCGUACACAGACAGUUCUGACUAAAUUUAAGAAGGGUGACACUGACAUUUUUUGUAUUCAAGAUAUUGUGUGAAACCAUGAAUCUUUCUGAAAAAAAGUCCAUGUUAUGUUAAAAAAGCUGAGUUUAAAUGUGUUUUACACUUUCAUGUCAGAUAUUAUGGAAGCAGCAUUAAAGAUUAUAUUGAUAACAUUUAUAUGUAGAUGAAUAUAAAAAAAAAAACCA